GUCUGAUUUGCCGGAUUACGCGCAGGCGGGCAGUCGGUGCGCAGCAGACCGCCUCCUUUGCACUAUAAAACCUCACGGUCCUCCCCUAAUCUUUCUCUUUCUGUUACCUGGCUCAGGGGCAGCAGCUUUGGCCUUGAAAAACCCAGAAACACCGAAACCAACACAAUGGGAAAGGAAAAGACGCACAUCAACAUCGUGGUCAUUGGCCAUGUCGACUCCGGAAAGUCCACUUCCACCGGCCAUCUGAUCUAUAAAUGCGGUGGAAUCGACAAGAGAACCAUCGAGAAGUUCGAGAAAGAAGCAGCUGAGAUGGGCAAAGGCUCUUUCAAAUACGCCUGGGUGCUGGACAAACUGAAGGCAGAGCGUGAGCGUGGUAUCACCAUUGACAUCGCCCUGUGGAAGUUUGAGACCAGCAAGUACUAUGUGACCAUCAUUGAUGCUCCUGGACACAGGGAUUUCAUCAAGAACAUGAUCACUGGAACCUCUCAGGCUGACUGCGCCGUGCUGAUCGUGGCUGCUGGUGUGGGUGAGUUUGAGGCCGGUAUCUCCAAGAAUGGACAGACCCGUGAGCACGCCCUGCUGGCCUUCACUCUGGGAGUGAAGCAGCUCAUCGUUGGUGUCAACAAGAUGGACUCCACCGAGCCCCCAUACAGCCAGGCCCGUUAUGAGGAAAUCACCAAAGAAGUCAGCGCUUACAUCAAGAAGAUCGGCUACAACCCCGCCACUGUCGCCUUUGUGCCCAUCUCUGGAUGGCACGGAGACAACAUGCUGGAGACCAGUGACAAAAUGUCCUGGUUCAAGGGAUGGAAGAUUGAGCGCAAAGAGGGCAAUGCCAGCGGUACCACCCUCCUGGAGGCCCUGGACGCCAUCCUGCCCCCCAGCCGCCCCACCGACAAGGCCCUCCGUCUGCCCCUGCAGGAUGUCUACAAAAUUGGAGGUAUCGGAACUGUCCCCGUGGGUCGUGUGGAGACUGGUGUCCUGAAGCCUGGCAUGGUCGUGACCUUUGCUCCCCCAAAUCUGACCACUGAGGUGAAGUCUGUGGAGAUGCACCACGAGUCUCUGCCCGAGGCUGUGCCUGGAGACAACGUCGGCUUCAACGUCAAGAACGUGUCCGUCAAGGAAAUCCGUCGUGGAAACGUGGCUGGUGACAGCAAGAACAACCCACCCAAGGCUGCUGCGAGCUUCAACGCUCAGGUUAUCAUCCUGAACCACCCUGGCCAGAUCAAUGCGGGAUAUGCCCCCGUCCUGGACUGCCACACUGCUCACAUCGCCUGCAAGUUCAUGGAGCUGAUUGAGAAGAUCGACCGUCGUUCUGGAAAGAAGCUUGAGGACAACCCCAAGUCCGUCAAGUCUGGAGAUGCCGCUAUCGUAAAGAUGAUUCCACAGAAGCCCAUGGUCGUGGAGCCCUUCUCAGAUUUCCCUCCCCUUGGUCGUUUUGCUGUCCGUGACAUGAGGCAGACCGUGGCUGUCGGUGUCAUCAAGCAGGUGGAGUGCAAGGAUGUGGCCGGCAAAGUGACCAAGGCUGCAGAAAAGGCCCAGAAGAAGAAAUGAAUGGUCGUGCAGGACCUCCACCAGACGGGAGCGGUGUGCCGGCAGCUGCAGGCCUCCCUUUCCCCUCACAUCACCCUUUUUCUUGGACCAUCUUCUCUGAGGCUGAGCUCUCAACUUAAGGACUGGCUUAUGCUGAUUAAAACCCAUCGUAAAAGUUUUCGCAGGAAAAAACUGCAGCAUUGUCAUUUAAAUCAAAGACGGUGCCUCUUCAUUUGAGUUUUAAGUUGGAAAUGGUUUAGAUCUUGAUGUUUAAAUACAACAUUUGAUUGGAAUAAAGCUGCUGGUAACUAAUAAAAUUAAAAUUCUUUGAAAAAAUUGA